AUGGCGUCUGGUAACGCAGAGGAGGAGGGGGGGAUGGCCACGGGCGGCGUCACCUCGAACCGGGUGACCGGGCGGCGACCUACACGGGACGAGCGCUUUCGCGCCAUCCGGAGUGGUGUGCAUCGUGGCUUGGAUGCCUACAGUCAUACGCUGACGACGCCCUUUGGUGCACGGCGCAUGGUCUAUGCCGACUACGUGGCAUCUGGGCGUAGCCUGCACGGCAUUGAAGCUUUCAUGGCGGAGCAGGUCCUGCCCAGUUAUGCCAACACCCAUACGACCACCAACGCGACGGGCCGACAAACCACCCACUUUCGAGAAGAAGCACGCCUUAUUGUGCGAAACGUGACGCGUGCCUCCGAGCAUGAUGCAGUGCUUUUCGUGCCCCAUGGCGUAACCGGCGCGGUCCACCGGCUUAUUCACAUGCUGGACCUGCGGCGCCGACCGCCAGGAUCCGUCACGGUACUCAUCGGUCCCCAUGAGCACCACAGCAACAUCUUGCCUUGGACCGAUGCAGGCUGUACAAUGGUCUCCAUUGCGGAGACAGCCGCAGGCGUCGUUGAUCUCGCCGACCUGCAGGCACAGCUCACCACACACGCCCGUUCCGAGCAGUUGCUCAUCGGCGCUUUUAGCGCUGCCUCCAAUGUCACCGGCGUUCUGGCCCCGGUGGAUGAUAUCACUGCCUUGCUCCACGAACACGGUGCCCUGGCCGUAUGGGACUAUGCUACCGCUGGCCCCUAUGUGCCCCUGAACAUGAAUCCCAUCCCGGGCGAUGGCCGCAAUCUAUGCAAGGAUGCCGUCUUCCUCUCUCCUCACAAGUUUCCCGGUGGACCACAAACCGACGGCGUUCUGGUUGUGAAGAAGGCCUUGUGCCGCAACACGAGCCCCUUGGCCGGCGGGGGUGGUUCGGUCUUCUACGUGCGUCAAGGUGCGCACCGCUACACCAAAGCAGAGGAGACGCGGGAAGAGGGUGGCACGCCGGCUAUCCUUGGUGAUAUUCGCGCAGGCUUGGUGCUCAAGCUGCAUCAGGAUGCCGGGGCCGACUUGAUUCUGGCCCAUGAACUCGAACUAACGCAUCAUGCCCUGCAGCGACUCGCACAGUGUCCCAAUCUGGUGCUUUUGGGGCCCGCGUCAGAAUACCGCCUUCCCAUCUUUAGCUUUGUGGUUCGCCACCACAGUGGCAGGUGGCUACACCACAAUUUUGUGGUGACCUUGCUCAAUGAUUUGUUUGGCGUGCAAGCCCGCGGUGGCUGUGCCUGCGCGGGGCCCUACGCACAUAAGCUUUUGGGACUUGGGCCUGUUGCAGCCCAGUUGGAGGCAGCUUUGAGCGAAGACGAUCGGCUCGAUCGGGAUCACCUUCGCCGCCGCGGCGAAUACAGUUGCAACGAAGCUCUUCGACCAGGCUUCGCCCGCUUCAACCUAACUUGGUUCAUGACGCAGGCCGAGGUCGACUUCAUCCUUGAUGCCGUUGCGUUUGUCGCCGAGCAUGGUGCUCAGUUUUUGGCCCACUAUCGGUUGAACGCCGAGACUGGCGAGUGGGUUCAUCAGCGCGAUGCCCGGAGCAAGCAACGGCGCUGGCUCUCUACCUUCCAGCUGGUUGACACACCCCGCCCUGCAACACCCCCUACACUUGGGUUUGCCGACCUCUUGCAAGAGGCGCGCGAGCUCGUCUCCACCCUAACCAACAAGGCACCCCGGCACGUGGGUGCAUCAGGCUUAGCACCGACGGUCGAGCAUCUACGCUGGUUCGUUUACCCCGGCGAGACUGCUGCCUUGGAGCCCGGGCAAUCCUGUCCGUUGCAGCCACACGUGUACGCUUCCAGCUCUGCGCCAGUCACACACCAGGCACAGUCCACGACCUCGACGGACUCGGCGUCAGCUGCCACCGCAUCCGAGGCACCAACGCCAGCGUCCAUGACUGACUCGGCGCCCACCUGGCAUGCCGCACCUCGCGACGCCUUGCUUGAUAUGAUUGCUGGCCAGGAGGCUGCUAUUGCACAGCUCCAAGUGCAGGUUGAAGCACUGCAAGAGCAACUUGUUCAACACCGCGCCACAGAGCCCAACGUGCCGGCACAGGCCACAGAGAGCUUGGAUGUCUCUGUGCCAGCCUGCCCUCUGCGGCGUCCAGACACCUUUGUUGAGACGGCAGUCAACGGGACCAUUGUACCAAAUGGCAGAGCUGCCGGCCCAGCCCAUGUAGAUAAGCCGCGCUUUCAUGCUCCACCCAAGACCAUCAUGAAACCAGUCUUGAAGGCCAUCCGCGACUUUGACAUGCUGCGCGAUGGAGAUCGCGUCUUGGUUUGCGUCUCCGGUGGCAAAGACUCGCUCAGUCUGGUUCACGUGAUGAAGCAGCUUCAGUACAAGCUGCGCGGCGAUGGCAUCAACAUCCAGCUUGGGGCUGCCACGGUGGACCCUGGGACGGAGGCCUUCGAUCCCUCACCAUUGCAAGCAUACUUUCAGCAACUGGGGAUGCCCUAUUUUUACGAGGAACAGUGUAUCAUGGACGAUGCCAUGAACAUUGAAAAUCUGGCCAGCAUCUGCAGUUUCUGUGCACGCAUGAAGCGUGGUCGACUCUACGCAUGCGCUCGACGCGAGGGCUACAAUGUUCUCAUGUUUGGCCAGCAUCUCGAUGACAUGGCUGAGAGUCUCAUGAUGUCGCUUUUCCACAACGGCUACUUGCGCACGAUGAAGGCACACUACGUCGUGGCCGAAGGGGAUCUGCGCAUGGCUCGUCCGUUUGUUUACGUCCGUGAGAAAGAUUUGCGAAUGUUUGCAGAGCAUCCCGCUGUUCGGCUGCCAGUCAUUUCAGAGAACUGCCCGGCAUGCUUUGCCGAGCCCACCGAGCGCCACCGCGUCAAGCAGUUGCUGGCAUCGCAAGAGCUCUUGUAUCCUCAGCUUUUCCGCAGUCUUUUGGCUGCAAUGAUGCCUUUGCUGUCCAAGGAUCGAACAGGAUUAGAAACGCAACGAAACAAGCCCGCCUCUUCCAACGAGUUUGAAGACGAUGAAGGGGCCUGAGGGCACAUGUUGCACCCGAAGUACCAAAGCUCGAUUCUACUUUGUGCACAAUCGAUCGAGAGCGCU